UCGCCAUGUCUGUCUCCGAGCGCACCUACAUCAUGGUCAAGCCCGACGGCGUCCAGCGCGGAAUCGUCGGCAACAUCAUCAGCCGCUUCGAGGCCCGUGGCUUCAAGCUUGUUGCGCUCAAGCUUGUCCACGCCACCCCCGAGCACCUCGAGAAGCACUACGAGGACCUCAAGGGCAAGGGCUUCUUCCCCGGCUUGAUCAAGUACAUGGCUUCCGGCCCCGUCGUCGCGAUGGUCUGGGAGGGUCUUGACGCCGUUAAGACCGGCCGUGUCAUGCUCGGCGCGACCAACCCCCUCGCGUCCGCCCCCGGCACCAUCCGUGGUGACUUCGCGCUCGCUGUCGGCCGCAACAUCUGCCACGGCUCGGACUCCGUCGAGAACGCCGAGAAGGAGAUCAAGCUCUGGUUCCCCGAGGGCACCGUUCAGUACGUGAACGACCAGGCCAAGUGGAUCUUCGAGUAGAUGCGUCCGUCAGGGAAGAAGUCGAGCACAACAUUUGUAUAAAACCUGGCUCAGCAUGUAGUCUAGAAGCUCAACUGCAAGCCCAUGACCUCACGUCCUAUUCUGGAGCAACGUGCCGUAACGAUCGUGCACCGUCCUGCAGGCUGCCCUUCUGUAUAAAAAGAAGCAUCGAACGUGCCAGCCGCAAGGUUCACGCCGACUAUCAAUAUCCAUCAUCAUCCGUUAUAUCAACGUGAGGAGAUGUUCCAGCUCGGCCGCCGUUAGAAUCAAACGUACCAGCAAGGCG